GUGAACUGGAGUAUACUCUUGUUUUUCACUCUUUUGUAGUUGCAAUCAGUCAAGAAUAAUGUGGCUCCUUGUACUCAUCUUUUCAACGUUGGCAGUCGCGACGGGGUGCAACCGGAUCAGCGACACCGGGCUGUGGCAACCUAGCCAUGGCAUGAUAUUCGAAGACGUUAGAGUAGCCUUGGGGCUCAGAGACUACAGGGAGAUCAAGAAACUAAACGACGAUCUACCGAACUUCAAUAUCAAUAAUAUUCGAAAUGACAUGGUAUAUACCGUACCCUACGUCGAGGAGAUAUCCCCUCCAGCCACGUGGGCUACGGUAAGCUGCACACCAAUAUUGAUGUUUAGCGGGGCGAUGGAGACUGUGGGAGUGUCAACACCGCUCUCUACUCCCUUGGCUGAAGCAACAACUAGCACACACACGCCUACGACGGAAACCACACACCCGCCAAAGACAGAAAUCACACACACGCCAAAGUCGGAAUUCGCACGUACGUCAAGUCAUGAAACAAAGGUUAUCACUUCUGCCAGUACACGAUCACUACCACCACAAUCGCAAGCCGUUGAGACAGUGACUGUAAUGCCCUCGAUUUUCUCUGAUGAGCUCUCUGAACCAAGGUGCUAUAGUCGUGAGAAUGAAGGAAUUACAUUAGAAGAUACUCAAGCAUGGGUUUCAGAACUCUUUUGUAACGCAUUCGAAGAUGAAGUAUUAAAUACUUUAUCUGAUCCUAUUGCUCGAACGUAUAUGGAAGAGGAAGAGCAAUUGUAUCAUUUUCGCGUCUCUUGGCUCCGAGGAUGUGUUGUUGAAGAGGAACGAGGACUAGAAGGAUGCAAGGACAUUAUGUUUGAAAAUUAUAAGAAAUGCAAUAACGGCGGGAAGGGCGGAUAUACGGAUAAGGGUUGUCUGCGCUUCGAGUAUCGCCCGGGUGUGAUUUUCGAGGCUGAAUCGCUUCAGACUAUGUAGACUAGACAUCGGCUUAGGAAAAGAGAACAAAUCCAAAGGGCGAUAUCGUGAGUCCGAGGAGAGCAUAUUGCUCCUGUCGCUGAGAAGGUGGUUGGCGUCGAUGACGGGGAAAUCAUGG